UUUUUCAGGUUAGGUGUUUAGUUUAGUUUAGUUUAGUGUAGUAAUAUAUAUAAAUGGUCCAUGAAAUGGGCAUGGAGAUGGAGUUCCAGCUUUUGUUGAAGGAAGACAAGAAACUUGGUAGUUUUAUUUUCUUAGCUGUAAAGUUCCACUGUUGCCCACACGCCCCCAUUUAACCUCUGUCCCUGUCUGUGUGGUUCUCUUUCUUUGUUCCUUUUUUUUUUAAAAGAGAAAUUUUAAAAUUUAAUCUACAUGAAGAAUUACACUACUAUGCUUUUCAUUUUUAAAUUUUGAUUUUUGGGGUUUUUUCCUUUUGUGGGAAGGCAUUUAUUAUAAGACCCCCAAUUCAAAGUUUGGGGUCUUUCCCUUUCUCUCUCAGUCAUGGCACCUGCCAAGGUUUCUGGGUUUUAUAGACAAGGAAAUGACUGGUUUUGCAAUGCAGGGUUGCCAAGUGAUAUAACCAUUUUCGUGGAUGGUGUAAACUUUCAUCUUCAUAGGUUUCCUCUCAUGUCAAAAUGUGGGAAGAUUGCUUCCAUCUUCGAAGAACUACAGAGUACCCAUGAUAAGACUUCUACCACAAAACUUGAAGAAUUCCCUGGUGGCCCAGACACUUUCUUGUUUGCAGCAAAAUUCUGCUAUGGCACUCGGGUGGAAUUUACAGCAAGAAAUAUAAUAAUGGUGUACUGUGCAGCAGACUACCUUGAGAUGACAUAUGAGUAUGGGGAAGAUAAUUUACUUUCAAAGGCGGAAAGUUUCCUCCACAAAAAUGUACUUCGCAACUGGAAGGAUUGUAUAUUGGCUUUACAAAGUUGUGAAUCAUGCAUGCCAAGGGCAGAAAAGCUCCAUGUAUUACAGAAAUGUUUGAAUUGCAUAUCUAUGAUGGUUUGUACUGAUCCUAGUUUGUUUGGUUGGCCCAUGAUGAUGUAUGGUAGCCUACAGAGCCCUGGUGGAAGCAUUCUAUGGAAUGGAAUAAACACUGGGGCAAGAAUACGAAGUGCAGAAUCCGACUGGUGGUUUGAAGACAUCUCAUAUUUCAGUGUAGGUUUAUUUGAAAGACUUAUCAAAACAAUGGAAGCAAGGGGUAUUAGACCUGAACAUCUAGCAGGUGCUAUAAUGUACUAUGCAAGAAAAUAUCUACCAGGCCUAGGCCGAUGGCAGAGCAUGCAGAGUAGCAAAGCCAGGACAGUUGCAAGUUUUAGCUUGACUCCUGCCACUGUUGAUCAGAAGGUUUUACUGGAAAGCAUUGAAAAACUUCUUCCAAAAAAGAAGGGCAAGUCAUUCUGCCGUUUUUUACUUGGACUUCUUCGUGUUGCAUCAAUAUUAGGUGUCAAUCGAACAUGCCAGGAUUCUUUGGAGAGGAGAAUAGGAAUGCAACUGGAACUGGCUAGCCUAGACGGUCUUUUGAUUCCUUCUUACUCAGAUUCUGAUACUCUAUAUAAUAUUGAUUGUGUUGAACGGAUCAUCCAUCAUUUUGUGUCCUCUGAACCAGGGUUAACAUUAUUUUCACCACCAUCAUUGGACCUAGAAUCAUCACCAUCAUCUGAGCCCUUAAGAAAAGUUGCUAGAUUAAUGGAUAGCUAUCUUGCAGAAGUUGCUUCUGAUGCAACUUUGAAACCAGGAAAGAUCCGUUCUCUUGCGGAGGUCCUUCCAGAAUCUUCAAGACCUUUGCAUGAUGGGCUAUACAGAGCACUGGAUAUUUAUUUCAAGGCACACCCUUGGCUUUCUGAUAGAGAGAAGGAAGAACUUUGCAACAUCAUCGACUACCAGAAACUCUCUGUUGAUGCUUGUGCCCAUGCUUCCCAAAAUGAAAGACUGCCGCUCAGAAUCAUUCUGCAAGUCUUGUUCUUUGAGCAGAUGCAUUUAAGAACGGCUUUAGCUGGCUGUCUCAAUGUCUUGGAAGCUGAAAGUGCUCCUACAGUUCAAGGGACUGUACCAACGGAGAUGGUUGGUCAUGUGACUGCAACUAGUGAGACAGCUGGCCAGAUUGUGCAAAGAGAUGGAUGGGUGACAGUUGUACGUGAAAACCGAGUUUUAAAGGUGGAUAUGGAAAAGAUGAGGUCUAGAGUUGGAGAACUCGAAGAGGAAUUCAGUAAAAUAAAGCAAGAAAUGAAAAGGGUGACAAAAUCACAUAGCUCGCUGAGUUCCCCCCGCAUGGUUGCCAGGAAAUUAGGAUGCAAGCGUCUUCCAAAAUCCUCAGAUGCUCAAACAGAUGUUGUUGGAAGCACGGGACCAACUCCAAGACCGUCAGUCGAGCAAGCACAUUCUUCCCGUCAUUCCAGGCAUCGUAAAAGUUUCUCCUUGUUUUGAGAGUUAACACGUGGAAACUAACAUCGGUGUUUCAACAGAUAAACAGUGGGUGGUUGCUAUGUCAUAAAAGUCACUCCAAAGAAAGGAAAGAAUUGUCUUGUGUUGUACAGGAAAUAGUUUUAAAACGCUUGAAAAGAAAAGAGAUUCAUAUCACCUACAGUUUUGGUGUUACACUUUUCUAAUUAUGAAAUCUUUACCAUUCAUGAUUUUCGGGUUCAUUAAGGUUUCAUGUGGUGGCAUAUUUUCAUGAAUGGUCAAGAUCUCAUGUGAUAUAGAAUUGUAGGAGAUAAGAUUGUUGGUGAUAUGAACCUUUAACAGCUCUUCUUGAGUUCAUUAAUUGGAUGGGUGUAUUUAUUCAUUAAGGAUAUUGAAUAUGUGAGUCUGAGCCCUCCCUGUUGUGGGGCUUAAAAGUUAAUAGGUGUUGCCCUACAUGUUCUGGGUUGGUGCCAUCAUGGAAGCAAAUAGGCCUUUGUUUUUUUUUCCUGUUUUAAAGGAAUCAUUAUCGUUCUUCUUUGUAAUCUUCAUCUUUCCUUUAUCUUUCUAUGGUUUACACAUGUACAGCUUUGUAAAUCAAGUUGUAAGUUUGUUUAAACAUUUAGUAAAUAUCAAGAAACUCAAGUUACUGUUUGUCCAAAAUUUUGCUUCUUUUGAUA